AUGGCUUCAAUUGAACAAGAUGAUAUAUUUAACGUAGAAGAUGAUGAUAUGGAAGAAGAAGAAGAAGAAGAAGUACCUCAACAUGUUGGAGAUUAUUCAAUUGAAGAAGUAGAUCAUCAAGAAAUAAAUCGAGACCGAGAACAAGAAAAUCAAGACCAUCAAGAAAAUAAUAAACAUUAUGAUGAUAUGGAAAUAGAUGAUGAUGAAGAAAUGGAAGAAGGUGAAGAAAUGGAUGAAGAUGAGGAGGGAGAUGAGGAAGAGGAAGAGGAAGAGGAAGAGGAAGAGGAGGAAGAAGAUGAAGAGAAUGAAAAUGAAAAUGAAAAUGAAGAACAAGAACAAGAACAAGAACAAGAACAAGAACAACCAGCUGAACCUCAAAAUAAUCAAGAAUCAAAUGGAAUACAGACUGACCAAUCUACAAUUGGAGAAACUACAAGAGAACGAGAAGAGUCAAAAGUAAUAGAACCAACAAAUCUAGAACAAAAUAAGGACAGGGCCCAGGGCACAGAAAUUGAAAAGGAGGAACAAGAUAACAAAGAACAAAUUGAGAGUGAUUUAAAAGAGUCGGAAUUAAAAGCACAAGAUGAUUCAAUAAUUUUUAGAAGAGACAUAAUUAAAAAGGCACAAUCAGCAACUGAAUUCGACAUUGUACCACAAGUUGCAAUUCCAUAUUCUACUCAAUGUCACAUAAUGGCAUUCUCCCAAGGUCCAAAAUGGAUAUUAACAGGUGGUGAAGACGGAUUCAUUCGAAAAUAUGAUUUCAUUGCAUCAAUUCAAGGUAAAUCCCCAUUAACAAUGGCUCAAAAACAUAAUUUAUCAGAUUCUAUAACUAAUGCCGGUGUAAUUUGUUCAUAUUGGGAAAAUGAACAACCUAUGACACGACAACAAUUAAUGAAACAAAAUUCAAAAUUAAAAGAUUCUGAUUUUUCAACGGGGUCUGUCAGUUAUGAACCAAAGACAAAUCCAGUAUAUGCUUUAGAUGUAGAAAAAAAUGGAUUUUGGUGUUUGAGUGGGUUGUUAUCUGGUGGGAUUAGUUUAUAUACAAUGAGACAUAAUGAAGGUUCGAUACAUCAUUAUUUUCAUCAUUAUGUGAAGGAUUCAAAAUAUACUAAUGGUCAUAAAGAUGCAAUUUCAAAAAUUGUAUUAAAUCAACAACAAGAUAAAUUUUUAUCUGGAAGUUGGGAUAAAUGUAUUAAAUUAUGGGAUUUGAAUAAGGGAGAAAUCGUAAAUAAUUAUUAUGGAUCUAGUGGUCAAAUUUCAAAUAUUGAAUAUCGACCAAUUGGAUUAAUAGAUUUAACUAUUACAAUAGAACAAGACGAUGAACAAGAGAUAGAAGAAAAAGAGAAAGAAGAAAAAGAAGAUGAUAUAGAUUCAUUAUUUGGCGAUGAAGAAAAUGAAAAUGAAGAAUACAAUAAAGAUCAAGAAUCAAAGGAGCUGAAGAAAUCAAAUGGAGCACAAUCAAAAACAUAUUCAAGUGAUAAUAUAUUCAUGUCUUCUAAUAUAGAUGGGACUAUAAAUAUUUGGGAUUCAAGAUUAGAUAAACCAGUUAUAAAAUUGGGACUUUCUGAAAAUACUCCACCUUGGUGCAUGUCUUCAACUUGGUCAAAUGAUGGGAAUUUUAUAUUUGCAGGUAGGAGAAAUGGAACAGUUGAAGAAAUAUCAAUCAAAAAACCAAUAAAAUCAAAUAAAAACACCCCCAAUGUUUCUAAAUUACUACAAUUUCCUAAAUUAUCUGGUCCUGUUUCUGCGUUAUCAACUAUGCCUAAUGAUGAUUUUUUAUUAUGUGGUUCUAAUGAUAAUAUAAGAUUAUAUAAUUUGAAAUUAUAUGAUGAAUUGACUAAUACUCAAGUUAAUCAAAAGAAACAAGCUACUCCAUUUUUAUUAAUUCCUGGUCAUCAUGGUGGAAUGUUGAGUCAAUUAUAUGUUGAUGAGACUGGUAGAUUUAUGGUUAGUUCUAAUGGGUAUAGAGGUUGGGGUCGUGGAAAUUAUACAGAUACCGUGUUGAUUUAUGAAAUUGAUUUUGAAUAG